AUGACCAGACUGACGGCGCACUUCCCCAACGAACUAUGGAUCGCCAUCUUCUCGCACGUCGAUCGUCUCUCACUGCGGGCCCCGCACCUGGCAUCGCGGCUCUUCCAUGACCUCGUCCACCCGCUCCUGUUCCACACCGUCGACUUCCACCCGUUCCGGGCCUCGACCAAGGGCACGACGAUGGUGUACAACGCGUUCGCCGGCCAGCACGAGGUGGUGCACAACGUGCGGCGUUUCGAGGCGAUGUGCGCGGACCCGGGCGUCGCCCCGCACGUGCGCCGCUGCGCGUUCUCGUCCUUCCAUCGAUCGACGGUCGACCCCGCGCCGGUGCACCGCGCGUUCUUCACGGCCUUCAUGCAGCUCGUACGCAUCCGCCACCUCGAGCUGUUCCACGUGCGCAUCGACGCGCACGCGCUGCGCGCGCUCGGGGCGUUCGAGCUGCUCGGGAGUGUGCGCGUGACGGGGUGCGAGCUGCGCCUGAGCGAUGGCGAGGCGGAGGGGCUCACGGGGAGCGUGCGUGUGGAGAGCAUGGCGUGUGCGAUCGGGGGGACGCCGGAGUACGUGCGUGCGGCCGGCGGGCACCGGUGGGUGCAGGUGCUCGACCGCACUAUUCUUGAGGCGCUCGUCAUCCCGUUCUUCGAUCCCACGGUGUUCUUCGAGCAGUGUGUGUCGGAUCCUGUGGCGUGGCUGAUGCGCCGUCUGCACACGCUCCGUGUGUCGCUGCGGUUGGACUGGGGCUUGUUGCACGCGUUUGCCGCCUUCAUCCCGCAUCUGCGCACGCUGGAGCUGCACGAGUGGCCCGCUGCACCGCCGGAGCCUGGAUCAGAGCUGGUCCUGCUGAGAGGGAUCGAUUCAUACGAGGGCCCUCACUGCUGUCUGCCGCACUUCCCUGCCACAGCGUCCCCGACAACUCCAGGAGACGUCUGCGCGCCUGACGUCCUGCAGCAAUGCCUUGUGUUCUUCCCGUCGCUGCUUGAGCUGCAUCUCAAGGUGCACGACAUCUCGUGGCUGGCGAUGAUCCACCCGAUCGUGAACGUGCAUACCUGCGAGACAUUCCUCACGGAACUCGCGCAUCCGCAGUCGGAAUUCUGCCGUCACCGCUCCCUGGAGAAGUUCUGCUUCGUCUGGAACACGGUCGGCCGCUACGCACUGACCUCGGACCGCGACGGCGACGACUCGGAUGCGGACGACGAGGGCGAGGACGACGUGCUGUUCCAUCCGAUCCGCCUCGACAUGGCGCGGGCAUCCAGGGUCGCGUUCGCGGACCGCCUGCCUCGGCUUCGGGCGUUGUGGAUCCGGAACCCCGUGUCCGAUUACCUGUGGACGACGGACUGCGUUGGCGAUCGGUAUCGCGAUGCAGCGCUCCAGGUCAAUGGUGCGUUUUGA